AUGAUGCCAGCCGAGUACCUGGUGUGCCUGGCGACGUACGGCUCGAUCCAGGCCUGGGGCGUGGAGAAGGGUUUGGUCGUCGGGCUCGUACUCGCCGCGCUCGGCUUCACCGUCACGUACGCGCAGGUUCCCACGGUGAUGAAGGCACGUGUGAAGGCGAGCACCGUCAUGCGAACGUUCGAGGAACGCGUGAUCCUCAAGGCCCACCAGGAGCAGGCGGUGGUCCUCGAGCUACAGCCCAGCGGCGAAGGGACCACUGCUGCGGGUGUCAUCAACCCCCGCGGGGACAUCUUGAGCCCGGUGUUCAACCGAUCCGGAGCGGUCUACCGGUCAUCCUCGGCUACAGCCGCGGCGGCUGUGCCCUCCUCGGCACUGCCCGGGUCCUCUCCCAUGUGGACAUCCUCACAGCAGCAGGGAGGGGCUUCUUCCCAAGGAAUAUCAUCACCCCUAGCUCACUCGCUGGCGAGAACAAGGUCAGUCGGGGGGACGUGCACAGGGGUCCCUGGGGCCGGCGGCGGCCGGGGUCGACCGUUCCACAGAGCCGGCGGCCUGCUGCCAGGUGCGAGCGAGCGUCUGGAGGCGGAGCAGGAGUCGCAGGCUGUGCUCGCAAAUGACAGCACCAGACAUGACGGUGGUAGAGGCGGGGCUCACUUCUCGGUCCCCGCACAAGAGACGACUGACUACGAGGCGAUGGAGGAAGGGGGAGCUGGUGGGGACGGGGGCGCGGGCAGCAGCGGCGGAGCGACGGCGGCGGUGGGGGUGCGCGCGCGACGCCCGCGCGGGGCCAGUCUUGGGGAGGAACAGAGGGUCGGAGAGGGUGCCGUGCAGGAAUACAUGUCGCUCUGGGCGAACGGCGGCGGGUCGUUUGUCGACAGCCCAGGCCUUACCGGCAGAACGGGCGGCGGCGACAGCAGCCCCGGUUUCUCCGGCCGCGAGACCCGGUGUCCCUCGGUGGUGUCUCUCCUACCGGCCUCCGAAGAGCGAACCCGGCGCGUCAUCUUAGAUUUCUCGAACGUCGUUGGCGUUGAUGCUACGGCGGCGCGGUCGUGCUUCUUGAUGCUCAAGAUCGUGAUGAGAACCAGCGGGGUCCACGUGGUGUUCGCGGGCGCCACCCGCACGGUUCAGGCGCUCCUUCGCUCCCACGGGGUCAUCACUGACGACGACCCGGUGUUCAACAGCCUCGACACCGCACUGGAGUGGUCCGAGGAGAUGAUGCUGGACGAGCGGAGGGAAGAGAUGCUUCUUCGCGGCGGGGGAGUCACGGCCUCGCCGUCCCUCGGCGGCUCCCUCCUCCGACAACAGCAGCAGCAGGCGUGCUUAGCGGGGACGGUUCCCCCUCCCCUCGCCCUGACGGCCCAGGCCCAAGGCCGACACGCGGCGGAAGAACCAGCGGAAGGUGGAGGGGGAUUGCCGCCGGUCGAGAGCAAGAACGAGGAGGGGGAGGGGGAACAGGGCCGCCCCGGCGCCGCCCCGCCGUCGCCGGCGGAGGCGGUCGUGUUUCUCGAGGACCACUACCUCAGCGCGGGGACUCUACGGAGACGGAACUCUUUUCGCACCCAGAUCUCCGACCGAGCCUUGGACAACCCUCUGGUCGUCGGAGAUGUUGGAUCUUUGCAGUUUAUCCUGGAGGACUACCUGGAAGUUGACCGUUACCACGCCCCGGAAAGCGUCCGCAGCGUGUUUGGGGAGGCCAAAUCUUUCUUCCGGCAAGAGCACGUGGCGGCCGGAGCUGUGCUGGUUGACCACGACAGCCCUUCCUCUUCUUCCUCCUCGCCCGAGAAGGUUUACUUCAUCGGGUCCGGUAGCGUGGAACCGCAGAUCCCCGGAGAGUGCGGCCCAAGACGCCUCCAAAAGGUUUGCGCUGGAGGCACCUUCGGCGAGGUGGGGUUUUUUCUCAGGACCCCGCAGGCGUUUCGCGCCGUCGCCAGGGAGCCGUGCCACCUCCACACGCUCAACAGGGCGGGCAUGGUGGCCAUGCAGCACCAAAACCCGGGGCUGUGCAUACUGGUCCAGAAGGCCGUGAUGAAGUCCAUCUGCCUAGCGAAGUCGCUCUCCAUCGAGUCGGCGCACCUUCGACCCGUGGACGACGGCCGAUCGAGGAGACUCGGCAGUAUUGAGGAGGAGGGGUAG